AUGUCUCGACAUCGUAAUAUCCGUAAUAUGAAGUAUGAUGAAGAGCGAUAUGAUGAAGAUGAUGAAGAAUUUCACCGAUACAGCAUCUCAACGGACGAUGAAGCAGUUUCAUCGGGUGCAGCUUUGUUUGCUUUUUAUCAUUGGACUAAUUAUCAAGAAUUGAAUAGUAAGCUUAGUCGUAUGUCUCGUAGUGAAACUCUUUACUUGUUACUUACUUCAUUAAAACUUAAUGAUCUCACUUUACUUGUUUAAGAAUAUAUAUAUAAACGGACGCAUACGAACUCUUUCAAUAAUAACAAGGCCGGCUUUAGCAUCGCAGAUUUUAUCGCAGAAGAAGGCCUUCCGGAACUGGUUGAUGAUGUUAUGGAUGAUUCUGGAGAUAGUUGCACUGCCAAAAUACAUGUUCAGAGAGCUCGACAAGAUGAGUUAGCAGAAAAUAAUGCGUCAAGGGAUCAUCAAGCAGUUAGAAGUAGGGAUAAGGAGAUUCGAAUUUGCGAGCAGGUAAUAAAUCAAGAGUCCAAGAAAGCAAGAACGAAUGGCAAUAGUGAAUACUUGCCAGAAAUAUCACAAAUGGAGAAUUUGCAACUGUCAGAAGGCAUGGAAAGGGACACGCGUGAGAAAAAAUUUUCGAAUCAAGUACUAAAAGCGAGUGCUAGCAACAGGAGACUAACUGCUCUUGAUGCUGCAUUAAAUGCUGUUGUACAGUCCCCUAGAGCGAAACAACCUUUUCAAGAAAAUAAACCGAUUGUUAAUGUGGUCAUUGUUGGUCAUGUAGAUGCUGGUAAAAGUACGCUAAUGGGACAUCUUCUAUAUCAAGUGGGUAAUGUCGAUGAGCGAACUAUGCAUAGGUACAAACAAGAAUCAGCUAAGACUGGCAAAUCAUCCUUUGCAUAUGCUUGGAUUCUUGAUGAUACACUGGAAGAGAGGCAACGAGGUGUAACAAUGGAUAUUGCUCGGACAACCUUCGAAACUGAACACCGAAAAAUCUUCAUUCUGGAUGCACCAGGUCACAAGGACUUUAUUCCCAACAUGAUUACAGGUGCUGCUGAAGCAGAUGCUGGUAUACUGGUUAUCAAUGCAACCUGCGGAGAAUUCGAGACUGGGUUCAGUCAAGGAGGCCAGACGAAGGAACAUGCAAUUUUACUUAGAUCAUUGGGAAUAAAUGAACUGUUAGUUGCCAUAAAUAAGAUGGACACGGUGAAUUGGUCUCAGCAACGGUACGAUGAACUUUGUGCAACUCUAAAAAUUUUUCUUAGAAAACAAGCUGCUUAUUCAACAAUUAAAUUUGUGCCGCUCUCCGGUUUGGAUGGAAUUAAUUUGACAAAAGUACCAUCUAAUGGCCAUCCUUUAUGCAACUGGUAUCAAGGACCAACAUUGUUGCAAUUAAUGGAUGAACUACAAGUCCCGGUACGGUCACAGGAUCGCCAUUUCCGAGCUGUUAUUAAUGAUAUAUACAAAGCCUCUACGUCAUCACUUUCAGUAAGCAUAAAAAUUGAAGCUGGUUUUAUAGAAAAUGAUGAGAAAGUGUACAUAAUGCCAAGCGCAGAUCCUGUAACUGUUAAAGGAAUAGUUGUGGAAACCAAUUCAAGGAAAGGUAGUGGCUUUGCUGGUGACCAGGCUACAGUAACUCUAAUACCCGUUUCAAAUAUUGAAUCUGAUUCUAUGAGUAUUGGAUACGUUCUUUGUCGUGGUGGACAGGAAUGUCUCAUUCCUGGAACGAAAUAUCUGGUGCGCAUUGUUGUUUUCGAUAUUAUUGUUCCAAUCAUGAAAGGCACGAAAGCUGAGCUUUUCGCACAUUCGUUGUGUGAGCCUUGCACUAUCACAAUGUUGAAAGCAGAACUGAAUAAGUCUACGGGCGAAAUAAUAAGGCAAAAACCUAG